AUGUUACCAGGAAUAGGUGUGUUCGGAAUGGGAGAACUCUCUUGCAUUUUGGUCCCACUUCUCCGGGCCAAAGGCUUCAACAUUGAGGCAAUAUGGGAAAAAUCAACUGAAGAGGCUGAGGCAGCAGCCAAGAAACUGGAGAUCCCCUUUUCCUCCUCCAAUGUGGAUGAUCUCCUAUUGCAUAAAGAUGUGGACCUUGUGUUGAUCACAUGUUCCCCAAAUGUUCAAGCCCAGAUUGCAGUGAAGGCUAUGGGAAUUGGGAAGCAUGUCCUGUGUGAUCGACCUGGUGGAAUCAACCAGCAUGAAGCACUCAAGAUGGUCAAUGCAGCAAUGUACUACCCCUCCCUGAUCUCGGUCGUCAACUAUGGCCUCCGUUAUCUUCCAGCCUGUUCUGUGAUGAAAAAACUGAUCCAUGAUGGGUUCUGUGGACAAGUGCAAUUGUGUGAAGCUCAGAUCAGGUGUGGAAGCCUUCUUCCAACUGAGUACAAUUGGAAAUGGGACGGUAUCAUGGGGGGUGGAACGCUGACCCUCCUUGGCAGUCAUAUCAUUGACCUCGUGUCCUACAUCACUGACCAAAGACCAUGGAGGGUACAUGGAAUGGUACACAAUUACAUCAAAGUCCCACAUGGAGGGACCAACGGUGUCCAUCAAGUCACCAGUGAUGACUAUUGCACAUUUCAGAUGGAACUAAGUCAGGGUGUUUGUGUCAACGUCACACUCAGCUCCCGACCAGGUGAAUCCUUCUUUCAAGAGAUCUCUGUUUAUGGGGAUGCUGGAUCUUUGACCAUCAGAGGUGUGAAUCUCUUUGGACGCAAGAACCAAACACCAGACAAGGAAGAAUUGCUGCACAUGGAAAACGUGAAUCUAGAUCCUCGGAAUUCCUUGUGCGAUAACCCACGUCCACAUAUCCUUGGCAUGAACAAGUUAAUUGGAGCAUUGCGAGAUGCAUUCACCACUAGUCCACAGAAAAAGUCAUGGCGGAAGGACCCACUAUCAUUGGCAGCUACAUUUCAUGAUGGUCAAUAUGUUCAAGCCACAAUUGAAGCAAUUAAAAAGAGCAGCAAGGAGCGACGGUGGGUGAGGGUGGAUCUGUUGACUGAAGAACCAAACCCUAACCGAGUGCUGAAUGAAGCCGUCAGGCGAGGUGCCAUAUCUCUAUAG